GACAAAGAUAGUUGACCCUCCCACGGUUGGACGCGAAUCCGAGUUCGGACAAGUCUCUGGCAUGGCUCUCCAACGCAACCAGGAAUCUUCCUCGGAGACUAGAAUUCGAACUUGCGGUUGGAUCGUAAUAAUUGAGCUCCAUUGGCCUGUCGCUCCAUUAUUUCGACGAAAAACUAAGGAGCCCUUCCAUGUCCUCCGUGAAGGAAAGGAAAACGCGUCCCGACUGGUGAACGAUUGCGUUUACAUUUCCGCAGACUGCAGAGAAUCACGCGGCGAAAUUUUGGAGGACGUUGAAAUACGACGUCGCUUCCUCUACCGAUGGAAGGUGGCUACCUACCAGUCACUUCCCUUUUCAAAACGUUUGAACGUUGAAGCUAGUAUUAGUAGUGGGCUGCAGGUUUGCGGCAUCAUUAAGCCAAAUAGAGCGGGCUAUGGCCAAUUGAAUACGAGCGCCUACUCUACGUUACAGCCAGAUUCGUUGUCAAGUUCCACAGUUCUUCCUAAAAUCUAUAAUCGAAGACAUAAAGACUUCACUACGGUGUCCAUUCCCAAUCACCCCCGACAACUAGCGAUCGUCUCCGCCCUAACCGUCUGCGCAAACCUCACCAACUCAUUCACCUGCACCCACCGCUCGUCCUCAUGUCCCUCAUACGAACGCACGCACUUCAAACCGGGAAACAAACCAUCCAAGUACCGUCCGAUACGAAAAGCGUCCCGCGUAUCCCAAUCGUCUACCACCGAUGCGAUUGGGUAUCCGCAGUUCCAUAAGCUUGGGACAACGUUCCGCGAGGACUCGAAGAGACUUCAUCCUUGGCUGUAUACGAGUGGGAGGGAGGAACGGGAGAAGGAGGUCGUUCAAGUUUGGCCAGGUCUUCGCCCACUCUUCUAUCAGGUCAUCGCUGAUAUCCAUAAGGUAUCCACGUAG